CGCCCCAACCAUCAAACCACUUCCCCCACUCCCCCCGAACCAUCGUCAUCACCUACAGCCUCUCUUUCUCUUGGUCCGCUGCUCCCGUCGUAGCCCACGCAUCCUGUUGCUUUUCUGCCGCCGCUUCUUCGGUCUCUCCCCUGUGCUGGUCCGCGCUCUCGUCAUGACGAACCACGCCGCCUUUGCUGCCGAGGACGCGGUCACCGCCGUGGCGGCGCCGGCGCAGCCGGGUCGCCAUUUCGCGUCGUUCCCGCCGCGGAGGGCGCGCGACUGCAGGAAGGCCGCCCUGGGGCGCAUGGACCUCUCCACCUCGGGGGUGCUGAUGGCAGGGUCUCUGCUGGAGACCAUGAAGGCCUCCUCGCCCCGCCACGCCAUGUCCGCCGUCGGCGCCGACCACGAGGAGUGGAUCGAGAAUCACCCGUCAGCAUUGGAGUGGUUCGAGGGCGUGCUCGCGGCGGCCGAGGGGAAGCAGAUCGUCAUGUUCCUGGACUACGACGGCACCCUGUCGCCGAUCGUCAAGGACCCUGACAGCGCCGUCAUGACCGAAGAGAUGAGGGACGCGGUGAGGGGCGUCGCCCAGCAUUUCCCAACCGCCAUCGUGAGUGGGAGAUGCAGAGACAAGGUGUUCAACUUUGUGAAGCUGGAGGAGCUGUACUACGCGGGGAGCCAUGGCAUGGAUAUUAAGGGCCCAACCAAAGUGUCCAACCACAAGGCAAAGGCUGACGAGAUUCUGUGCCAGCCGGCGACUGAGUUCCUGCCUGUCAUCCAGGAGGUGUACAAGACGCUGACGGCCAAGAUGAAGUCCAUCCACGGUGCCAUGGUGGAGAACAAUAAGUUCUGCCUCUCGGUGCAUUUUCGCAACGUGGAGGAGGAUAAGUGGGACACUCUGGCCAGGGAGGUGAGGGCGGUGCUGGACGGCUACAAGGAACUCUGCCUCACCAAGGGGAGAAAGGUCCUCGAGAUCCGGCCCUCCAUCAAGUGGGAUAAGGGAAACGCCCUCGAGUUCUUGCUUGAGUCUCUCGGCUAUGAGGGGCGUAGCGACGUUUUCCCGAUAUACAUCGGAGAUGACCGCACAGACGAGGAUGCAUUCAAGGUGCUGCGCAACAUUGGACAAGGCAUCGGGAUCCUUGUGACCAAGUCUCCAAAGGAGACCAGCGCAUCGUACUCUCUGCGUGAGCCUGCUGAGGUAAAGGAAUUUCUGCGCAAGCUGGUGAAGAGCAACGGGACGAAGAAGGAUUAAUUCAUUGAUCAACUGCCUUCUAGCUCUAACUCAACAUGGAGAGCGAGCAGGCUAUAUAUAUAUAGCUAGUGCAUCAAGUUUAGCUUGUUUCCCUUUUGGACCCGGUGUUGUCUUUCAGUUUAUUAGAACAAUGCAUGCAUGCGUGUUGGGAUCGAUAUAUAAGAUCGAUCCAGAUCGAGCAAUGACCCCUGCCCUGCUAGGCCUUGGCUCCGAAGGUUUCUAUUACUGCAUCCUUCUCGCAAGGUCUUGUAAUUAGCCUUCCCUUAGCUAUGGGAGUGACAAAGUAGCCCUCCCUUUUCUCACCCUGCACUGUAAAACUGUUGUUCUUCGUUAGCUUGUGAUGAUGUGAUCUCUGUUGACAAGUUAAGAUAUUGUUAUGUUAUGCUA